AUGACAGAAGCUCAUGUCAUACGUCUUCCCGAUUUUUUCAAAGUCUUUGAGGUCGAGUGUGAUGCGUCCGGAGUAGGUAUUGGCGGAGUCCUGAGUCAAGAUCGUCAUCAUGUUGCCUACUUCAGUGAGAAGUUAAAUGAGGCCAAACAACAGUACUCAACUUAUGAUAAAGAACUAUAUGCGGCCUAUUCAUUUGUCUUAAAACACGAGAAGGGCAUGGAGAACCAAGCAGCUGAUGCAUUAAGUCGUUGUGUCUUCCUUUUGUCGAUCAUGAGUGUCAAGGUCAUCGAUUUUGAAAAGCUUAAUGAGGAUUACGAGGUAUGUCCCGAUUUUAAAGAUAUCUUUCUUGAUUUGCAAGGGGGACAAUCAAAUACCACAAAUGGCUUCCGACUUAUGGAGGGUUAUCUCUUUAAAGCUAAUAAAUUGUGCAUCCCUCGAACUUCAGUGCGAGAUUUCAUAGUGCGAGAAAUUCAUGCGGGAGGUUUAGACCGAUCACUUUGGGCAUGA